GAUGAAAAUCUUCCAGCUAAACAUCGAAAUCAAAGGCCCCGUGUGCCUCCUACAGGCAAGAUUCCUCCACAGCCUAAAAGACAGCAGCAAAAAUCUAGUGCACAAUCUGCAGCUGCUCUUGCAGAAAAAAAGAAGAAGAAAGAGCGAGAUGCCGCUAUUGCAAAAGAGAAGGAAAGAAUUAAACUUCUUAAAAAGGCAGAGGCGGAAGCUAAAGAGGCUCGAAAAGCGGAAUUGGAGCUUCAGAAACGGCUUGCUCAAGAGGCCAAAGAAGCAAAGAAAUUAGAGCAAGAAGCUCAGAAGAAGGCUGAAGCAGAAGCAAAAAAGGGCGAGCCCAAAAAGAAAAAAUCGACCAGCUCCAAAACUGGAAAAUUUACUACAUCUCCACAAGCCGAGGUCAGUUCUUCUUCUGCAGCGUCAUCGGCAUCUUCAAAAAAGGUUCAUUAUUUAGACAUUGAUUCCGAGAUGGUGCCACUCGGACAACUUAAAAAACAACGUAGGUCAGAAGUUUCAGCUUCCAAACCAACCAACCGUUCUUCUCCAACGGCGAAAAAGAGAGUUCCACAUGGCUAA